AGCAAAUCUCCAAUUAUUGCUAAUAUUUAAAAUGGAUAAAGUCACUAAAGAGGAUAGGAUCAACCACAUCCAAACCUACAACGAGAAGUAUGACAACAAAGGCUUCAACACCAGAGCCAUUCACUACGGACAGCCCCCAGAUCCUUUCUACGGCAGUGUCAACACUCCAAUCCACAUGACCUCCACUUUCGCUCAAACUGAUGCAGCAGACCCCAUUUACUCGUUCGAUUACGGAAGAGUCGGAAAUCCAACCAGAGAAGCCCUCGAGAGCGUCAUUGCAUCACUUGAAGGCGGUAAGUACGGACUCACCGCAGGCUCUGGUCUCGGAUGCACCAUGGUGAUCACCCACACCUUGAAGUCUGGAGACCACAUCCUCUGUGUCGAUGAUAUCUACGGAGGAACUGGAAGAUACUUCAGAAAGAUUGCAGCACCCGUCUACGGCAUGGAGUCCGACUACGUCGACAUGACUGACCUCGACCUAGUCAAGUCAAGCAUCAAAGAGAACACCAAGAUGGUCUGGCUUGAGACUCCGACCAAUCCACUUUUGAAGUGCUUCGACAUCCAGGCCAUUUCAGAGAUUUGCAAAGAACACGAUAUCUUGUUUGUGGUGGACAACACUUUCAUGACUUGCUACAACCAGAAGCCACUGGAGUUGGGAGCAGAUAUCGUCGUCAACUCGGUCACUAAGUAUCUGGGUGGCCACUCCGACGUCGUUAUGGGAGCCCUGGCCACCAACGACAAAGAGUUGUAUGAGAGACUGCACUUCAAUGCAUACUCAAUCGGUCCAGCCACAAGUCCGAUGGACUGCUACUUCGUGUUGAGGUCCAUCAAGACUUUGUCAGUCAGGAUGGAGAAGAUCAACUCAAACGCGCUGACCAUUGCUGAGUAUCUUCAGAAGAGCGACAAAGUCGGUGAAGUGUACUACCCAAUGUUGCCUACUCACAAGUACUAUGAAACCCACAAGAAGCAAGCCACCGGUGGAGCAGGAGUCAUUUCCUUCGUGAUCAAAGAUGGAGACGCAGAGUCCUCCAGAAAGUUCCUCAAGAGCCUCAAGAUCUUCAUCUUCGCAGAAAGCCUCGGCGGAGUCGAGAGUCUGGCUGAGUGUCCAGCUCUGAUGACUCAUGCGAGCGUACCUAAAGAACACAGAGAGAAAAUUGGAAUUGUAGACGGACUUGUCAGAAUUGCAGUCGGAAUGGAAGACGCAGAGGACCUCAUUGCUGACAUCGACGGCGCCCUAGCAGCUUUGUAAGAGCGGGUCUGACUUAAAAGACAUAAGAUUUCACCUAAAGACUCAAGAACCUAAGGUUUCGAUGUG